AUGGCUCAGGUUCAACCCGCGAGCGCGUUCCCUUCGGGACAGACAGAGAACAAUGCAAGGCUCCAGUGGCUCACAGAACAACACAAUACAGCUGUCGAAGAUUGCAAAAAGAGGCUGCGAUGGCUCGAGCACGAGGAGAUGAUCUCAGACGCGGAGAAGAGCAUGGAGCGCCACAGACUAUUUCACCUGGAGGCCAUGCUUGAAGCCGACAAACGACUAGCUUCUGCGCAGGAUGCCAUAGAGGCGCACCGCAUCUUUCACGAGGAAGCCAUGAAGGAAGCUGAUGCUAGGUUGGCAGUUGCUGACGACAGCAUGGUCGAGCACAGGAAGUUUCACGAGGAAGCCGUGAGUGGCGCUGAUAGCUCAAUAGAGAAGCAUCGUCGAUUCCACGCCGAGGCCAUGAAGGAAGCUCAGGAUAGACUGGCACUGGCUCAAGGCGCUAUAGAGGAGCAUCGAAAGUUCCAUGAGAUUGCCAUGAAGGAGGCAGAUGCUAGGUUGGCGGAAUCAGACGACAGCAUGGUGGAGCAUCGGAAAUUUCACCAGAAAGCUAUGCAGGAGGCAGAUGAUAGGCUGGCAGCAGCUCAAGGUGCUAUCGAAGAGCACCGGAAGUUCCAUGAACAGGCGAUGAAGGAGGCAGACGAGCGGUUGAAUGCAGCAGACGAUAGCAUGGUGGAGCACAGAAAGUUUCAUGACCGAGCAAUGAAAGAGGCAGAUGAUCGGCUUGCUGCAGCAGACAACAGCAUUGCGGAUCAUAGAAUCUGGCACGCUGAGCAAAUGAAGGAGGCAGACGCGCGACUAGGAGCUCUCAGUUCGUAA